AUGGCAUCCAAGUGCGCGGUGAUCGUGGUGAUCGGGGCGUUGGUGUCCGGUAUGGUUGCAGCCAAUCCGGCCAACAAGCCAGCCUUCUGGAAGGGAACGCCGAUGGAUGGUAUGGUCGAGGAGAUGCGGUCACUGUGCAGCACGGAAAACGAUUCCGUUGCGUGCAUGAAGUUCAAGAUCAUGAACUUCUUCGACACCAUCUUCCGGAAGGACAACUUCCAGGUUUCCGAUGAUGUGGAAGUCCGCAGCAAUGGAGCCGUAACGAAUGAUGCCCGUGGAGCGACCGGAGUGCUGGAUCAGGUCGAGAAUUAUCUGCGCAGCCAUGACGUCACCUUCAAGAUGCCCAUCGCCGACGCCAAGGUCACCGUUUCCCAGCGUAAUCUGCAGAACGACGAAAUGAGCGUAACGUUCCAGUUCCCGAGCGCCGAGAGCGGCCGCGGCGUAGGCGAGGCCCGCAAGUCCAAGCUGAAGAAAAUUGUCAUUCCCAUCAUGGUGUUCAUUUUGCUGAAGGCCAUGACCCUGAUCCCGAUGGCGCUCGGUGUGUUGGGACUUAAGGCGUGGAAUUCGCUCCAAUUGUCGUUCUUCUCCUUCGUCGUAUCGGUCGGUCUGGCUAUCUUCCAGCUUUGCAAAAAGCUUGCUGCCGAUAGCCAUCAUCCUCACAUAGCUGCCCAUGGACCGUGGGACGCCGGCCGAUCGUACGGCAGUUUCGAGCAGCCAGCCUUCGAAGGGCAGGACCUGGCGUACAGUGCUUACGCCUGA